AUGGAGUCGGGGAAGAGAAGAACCAAAGAUGAUACUUGGAACGCAGAUGACCUCCGAAAACACCUUUGGGCGGCUCAGGCCUCUGGUCCCAAGGAGGAGAAGAAGCACAGAGACCGGAAACCGCUGCGGGAGUCGGAAGCGGACCUGGCAGACGGCAAAGAGCACCGACCCAGGGACCCCGACCGCGAGGCCAAGCACAGAGAGCGGGCCGCCGAGCGGGACGGCCACGCCGCCCGGGAGCACCCCCGCGGGGACAGGGAGCGGGACCGGCGGAAGGAGAGGCGCCGGGAGCUGGACGCGGAGAGGCCGCAUGGCCGGGGGAAGGAGCGCGAGAGGGACCAGGAGCACCGGGCGCGCCGCGAGGAGCUGAGGCAGGCGGCCGGGCACCACAACUUGCUGGCCCGGGACCGCGAACGGGACCGGGACCGCGAUCGGGACUGCGACCGGGACCGGGACCGCGACCACAACCUGGUGGCCCGGGACCGCGACCGGGACCAGGACAGGCCGGAGCGCCGGCGGGCAGGAAGUAAAGCAAGAAUUGAAGAGAGGGAGCAGAGAGAUGAAGACUCUGAACGAGAUGAGGAUCGGGAGAGAAGGUACCGAGAGAGAAAGCUGCAGUAUGGUGACAGCAAGGACAACCCCCUCAAGUACUGGCUGUACAAAGAAGAGGGCGAAAGGCGGCACAGGAAGCAGAAGGAGCCAGACCGGGAGAAGAAGCACCGGGAAAAGAGCAGCACGAGGGAGAGGAGGGAGAACUCCUCAAAAGAAAAAGGCAGCUCUUUCUCCGACAAGGAAGGCGAAGCGCGACAUAAGGAGAGGCGCCAUAAAGAGGGCUUCCCCGCGGGCGAGGAGAGGCCACGGGGCCACGCGGAGAGGAAAGAGCGGGCCCGCAAGGAGGAGCACCGGAGGAGGGAGCUGAAGGGCCAUCCCAGUGCACCGGCCCUGAGCACCCUGUCUCAUGCAUUGAACCUGGACUGGCGGUCUAUUUCACAUAUGGAUGGGGAGCACAGGCAUCGAGGAACAAGUCUGAGGAGAGACGGCACGGGCAGCCGGCAUGUGGAGAACUUAGUGAGGACUAACGGGAAGGACAGAGACUCAAAAAGGAAGCACGGCCGCGAGGAGGGCCCCUCGAUGUGGAAGCUGGAGCAGAGGCAGGGGAGCGAAGCGGCCAUGGAAAUUGAAAAGGAAGACCUUGAUUUAGAAAAUGCUGGAACAGAUGAGUACACAGCCAUUUUUGAAGAUGAUUUUGAAGACUAUGAGGACGACUUCGAGGUCUGUGACGGGGCCGACGACGGCGGGGCGGACGAGCCCAAAGAGGGAGCGGCGGCGGAGGAGCUGCCUCCGGCCAGGAGGAGGGAGAUCCGGGAGAUCCAGAAGGCCAUCCUCGCGGAGAACCAGCGGGUCGGCGAGCUGUCCUCGAAGCUGCUCGAGAAGCACGGCUGCCCGGCGCGCGCUGGGGGGCCGGGCCCGGAUGCAAACAGCUCCCCUUCCAAAACCCCACUGUGUGGAAUUUUCGUGGAUUUUGCCACAGCCUCACACCGUCAAAAGAAUCGGACUCAGGCCCUUAAGCAAAAGAUGCGCAGCACAAAGCUGCUCCGGCUCAUCGACAUGGACUUCUCCUUCACCUUCUCCCUCCUUGACCUCCCGCCUGUGAACGAGUACGACAUGUACAUCCGGAACUUCGGGAAGAAGAACACCAAGCAGGCCUACGUUCAGUGCAGUGAAGACAGCGUGGACCGGGACAUCCAGACCGAGGAAGUGGAGACUCGGGAAGUGUGGACCCAGCACCCGGGGGAAGGCUCCGCUGUGUCCGGGGGGAGUGAGCGGAGUGGCCCCAGAGAUGCUGCUAUCGUCCCGAAGGUCGACACGCCCCGUCUGUCCAGCUUCCUGCGGGCGGCCUGCCAGGUGAUAGCAGUUCUGCUUGAAGAGGACCGGGCAGCUGCGGAGCCGGGCUGGGCGUCCCAGGCGCAGGACUGCACCCUGCCUUUCAGCGACAGCUGUGUGCGGCUGGGCACCAGCCUGCCCUUCCUGCAGGACCGGAGAGUGUCCUGCCUGCACGCAUGUCAGGCUCAGAGGCGCACGGUGGUGUCUGUGCACGGGCUGCCGGGGAAGGCCUUGGUGCCCCUGCUGGACCACAGACACGUGCUCUGCGUGUGGGAUGUCCGGCAGCCGUCAGGGCCACAGAAGGUCCUGGUGUGCGAGUCGAAGGUCACGUGCUGCUGCUUCAGCCCCGUGAAAGCCUGCCUGCUGUUUGCGGGGACCCUGCACGGCUCGGUGGUCGUGUGGGACCUGAGGGAGGACCCCAGAAUCCAUCUCCGCGUGACGCUGAGCGGGUGCUCCUGGACGUUCAGGACCCCCACCUUCUCCACGGACGGCGUCCUGGCGUCCGUGAACCACCGCAGCCCCCUCCAGGCAAUAGAGCCCAUCGCGGGGUCUGUCUGCAAGAGGCAGAGCUGUGUGCUUUCACCCUUUUCUACUCAAGAAGAGAUGGCAGGCCUGUCCUUCCUCGUCGCUUCCUUGGAUGAAAGCGGGCUUCUCAACGUGUGGGUGGUGGUUGAAUUACAGAAGGCGGAUGUUGCAGGUUCAAUAAGUGACUUAGGUUUAAUACCUGGAGGACGGAUAAAACUGGUACACAGCGCUGCGAUCCAGCUGAGUGACAGCCUUUCUCAUAAAGGUUACGAAUCCUGGGGGUCUGUGCAGACACUGAACGUUAAAUUUCUGCCUUCGGACCCUAAUCACUUUGUUGUCGGCACAGACGUGGGCCUCGUCAGCCACGGCAGCAGACGGGACAUCAGAGUGUCUCCCAGGCUGUUCCGGCCCCAGCAGCCGGGCCCGAGGCCCGUGAAAGUGACCGUGAUUGACUUCUCACCAUUUGAGGAGCCUGUAUUCCUGGCCGGCUGUUCUGACGGCAGCAUCAGGCUGCACCGGCUGACGGCAGAGCGCCCGCUCCUUCAGUGGGACCACAGCACCUGCGGCCGCGCCGUCACUGGCCUGCAGUGGUCCCUGACGAGGCCGGCCGUGUUUCUGGUGCAGGAUGAUACAUCCUGCGUGUACGUGUGGGACCUCCUGGAGAGCGAUCUGGGGCCUGUGGCCAGGCAGCCCAUCCGUCCAGACAGGUUGGUGGCCAUGACCGCUGUGGGGGAAGCAGAGAAGACCCGCGGCGGCUUCCUGGGUCUGGUGCUGGCCAGAGCCUCUGGCAGCAUGGAGGUCCAGUACCUGCGGCGGGAGUGGGCAGCCCCGGCCAGUGACGAGCUGCAGAGGCUGCGGCUGCUGCUGCGGGAAGCCCUGUAGGUGGCGGGACCCUGAGGUGAAGUUGUGCGGUGGCUCCAAGCUUACAGCGGACGCAUGGACACUUGUAUCGAUAGAAGGCGUGUGUCUGUACAGAAUUCAUCUUUCAAACU